AAGUAGUUCCAUCAUUUUCAAUGCAUCCCUAGUCAGUCAGGCAGACUGCCAAGGUACAAAGCCUUUUUCUGGGAGGUCCAACCCCAAAAAGCACAUGGCUGCAGUUUGUGAAUCUUUGUAUCAAAGCUGCUAUUUUCACAUUCAUUUGGUCCCAUCCAACCCAGCAUUGACUGCUCAGAGCAGAAGGUGUUGCCUGUUUUGAGCCUGUGCUAUUGCCUUUGCUACUUCCACUCCUUUCCCUAGCAGCACGGUAAACUGACCUGUGAGAGGAACCUAUGGCAUCAAAGGAGCCAGCCUCCUUCGUGGACAGAACCACCUGGGAUUUCCUCAACCUACUGGACAUGCUGGGGAGCCGGAAUGGACGGGUGGGUGUGAUGGAGGUGGACCAUGCUGAGUCAAGAGCUCCCUCAUUGCUGGUGGAUUUUACCAGGGACCUGUGUGGCACAGGGGACAUCAAGCACAAACCACAGCAGGAAGAGAAUGACGGAAAGGAAGAGGAGGACCUGGCUCCUCCACAUCUGAUUUUUAUGCUAUGGCAAGCCAGUGUGUUGAAAAGGCUCAUGCAGUGGGAUCACCUGGAGGAAGCUGUGCGGGAUGUGAGGAGCCUCCUCCCCUGCCUGCCAGAUGUGCUGGUGCUUGUGAUGAUCCGUCCUGACUCCCAGGAGCAGCUGGACCAGGCAGUGAGAGCCCUGAGGAGAAUGCAGUGCGUGCUGGAUGGGGCCCUGCAACUGACUGUAGAGACUGCAAUUUACAGCCCAGGCCAGCCUGGAGGUGUCCUGGAGGCAAAGAGAGCUGCCUGUAGGGCACUGAGAGAAGUCUUGAACUGCCAUGAAGAAGUCGACUCCCAGGAGCCAUUUGUUAUUUCACUCCCAGAGCUCAGAUACUGCCGAGUUCUGCCUGAACGUAGGCAAGAGAAGAUAUCAAAGACAGAUGGAGAAUGAACUUCCUUGGGCAGCUGAAUCUGUCAGGUUGGUUUUAGCACUGUCCUGCUGGAUGUCCCUUUGCAGAACACUUCCUUCCUGCUGACGUGCUUGUCUGUCCAGACCUUCAGCAUGGCUGCGAUUCAGUACAUGGCUGCUACCAGAAGGGGACAGUGUGCCCUCAGCAUCACACUGUCCAUGCCACAAAGCUCGGAGUUCUUUGCUGCAUUGGCUCAACAAUCUGCCCCAGGAAACUUUUAUCAAAAAUCACUGUGUUUCUGCUUUGCAUUAAAUGCCUUGCUUGAUUAUCAAAAUGUCCCUAAGAAACCUGUCCCUAAGAAAGCUGUCAGCAGAGAGGGAAUCAGAGCAGGCCAGAAACCUCUAGAUUUUGAACUGUCCCAAAACUGAAACAGUGAGGGAAACUCAAGACUAAGGCCUCAGACCGUGUUUUCCUAGGAGAGCCUGGAUGCAGGAGUCUUUGGUCCAUGGUUCUCAUGAGGAACAAAGCUCCUGAAACUCUCCAGGGUUCUUUGUAGCAGGGAGUUGACCUUACAUACAAGUGUGUGCACAUCCAGCAGAUUGAGUUUCUGGGAUGGGUUAUUUUGGAUGGGAGGAACUGUGGGAACAGUAGAAUAUUUUUAAGUCCAAUUACCCACAUAAUAGCUGAACUUAUUUCCCAUCCUCUCUGGGCAUGGCAAAGCACUAUAGAUAGCUGCACUUUUUUGCAUUGGGAGUUUAUAUGUAUUUUUUCUCUGGUGUUUUUUGUAGAUUUUUUUGUCAUCCUAAGAUCUUCAUUAUCAUCAAAAAAAAAGG